AUGCCUAUUUCGGAAUUGGAAAAGGUUUGUUAUAAAACAAUAUUUGAAAUUUUAAUUUUUCUUUUUUUUUCAGAAAUGGACAGGCCUCGUUUUCGAAACAGCUGCCGAAGAAAUGAGAAGACUUAAGGUAACUAACAAAUCGAAAAAUUUAUCAAAAUUGAAAAUUUUCAGUCAAUUCCAACUGAGAGAGAAAGACUCAAAUUGUAUGGUCUUUACAAGCAAUGCAUUCAUGGAGAUAUUCCUAACGAAGAUAUUUAUCGUAAGUUAUCUUUUCAGUUUUCUGACCCUUAUUAAUUUAACGUAUUUUUCAGCGAUUCCAGCUGAUGAAUUCGGACAAAAAAAGUAUGCAGCUUGGAAAUCGCACAAAGGUGCGAAUCAAAAUCGUUGCCGCAUUGAAUACAUCAAAAAUUCGGAAGAAAUGAUCAAAAGAUAUGGUAGAAAAAUCAUAAGAUGCAAAUGGAAUUCCGAAGUUUGGAGUGUUGAUUAUUAA